CCGCCGGGUUCCUCACACCGCCGGGCCCCUCGCACCGCCGGGCCCGGCCCGAGCAGCCCGAGCUCGGGAGAAACGGCGGCUUUGGGAAAAGCGCAGCUGGGAACCCGAGGGGAGCGGGUGGGGAAAAGCAGCGGCUUUGUGAAAAAGCUCGCUGGUUUCACGCCGCGGGGCUGUGAAAAGUUCCCGAGGAAGCGGCUGAGGCGGCAGAGGAGCGGCAGGACUGGGGAGAGCGGAGGGUUUGGGACGGCGUUAAAGGAAACCCGGCAGCAUUUGGGACAGCGGCAAAGGAAACCCGGCGGGUGUCUGAGUGGAUUUGCAAAGAAAAAUAGCCCAAGUGUCAAAAAGAACGGGUUUUCAAGGAAAAAUAAAGUUCCGAACCGCGUCGGUGAGGAGGAGAGUGCCGGUGCUGCGAGGACAGCGUUAUCCCGGCAGUUCCAUGGCUGCACGGCGCUGGAGUGGUCUCCCCUUUGGGAAUCUCUCUGAUUGUCCCAAUGGCUCCCGCUGGAUCAUGGAUGUGUUCAAUGAGUGUGCCCAGGACAGCCGGGAUGUCGCCAGCAUCGUCCUGGGGCUGGGUUCCAUCGCCUGCUUCAUCGCUGCAGCCUUCCCGCAGUUUUACCAGGCCUGCAGGACGGGCAUCAUGGACCAGGCUCUCUCCAUCUAUUUCCUGCUGGGAUGGCUGGGCGGAGACCUCCUCAACCUCAUCGGUUCUUUCCUGGCUGAUCAGCUGCCCCUGCAGGUGUACACGGCCAUCUACUACGUGCUGGCAGACCUGGGGAUGCUCUCCCUCUACUGCUACUACCGGGUGAAGAACGGGGGCAGAGCGUUCCCUGCUCCCAUCAACUCUGCCUUCCUGUUCCUCUCCGUGGGGUCCCUGGCCAGCCUUUCCCUCCUGGGCACGGCCAGCACCGAGGAUCCCGCCUCCUUCAAAGGGAGAUCUCUGCUCUCAGCUCCCGGGGAUGAGCUUGGAACAAAGCCUUUCUCCAGGACUGAAAUAAUUGGAUUUACCAUCGGCUCCAUCUCCUCCGUGCUCUACCUGUGCUCCCGAGUGCCCCAGAUCUGCACCAACUACAAGAGGAAAUCCACCAGCGGUGUCUCCUACUCUCUCUUUGCCCUGGUGAUGCUGGGGAAUUCCCUGUACGGCCUCAGCGUCCUCCUGAAGAACCCAGAGCCAGGCCAGGGCCAAGGUGACUACAUCCUGCACCACCUGCCCUGGCUCGUGGGCAGCCUGGGCGUCCUGGCCCUCGACCUGGUUAUCUCCUUCCAGUUCCUGGCGUAUCAGAAAGGCCGGCCCAGAUCCCUGGAGGAGAGGGAUGCUCUCCUUGGGGAGCAGGAUGAGAGCCCAGAGAGCUGACAGAGGGCCCUGCCCCACAGGGAGAGGAGGAGGAGGAGGAGGAAGGUGGCCUUAGGGCCGGGCAGACUGGCCCCCCCAUCCUGGUGGCUCCUGGCAGAAGAGGCUCCGAGCCUGUUGUGCUGCCCAGGUGGUGGCAGAGGACACUGCUGGGACACCUCGUGCCUCAGUGGUGCUUUCAGGAUAAAAGGGAAUUUUUGGGUGGCUCAGUUGCUCUUCCCUGCUCCGGUUCCCCACAGCUGAGCCCGGUCACAGCUGCGUCUCCCAGGGGUGAUCUGGGACUUCCUUGGUGCUGAAAAACGUGGGGAGGGGACAGGGAUGACUGACCUGGCACAGACACGAGCACCGCUGUGACCUCACAACUCCCCCUCAGCUCUUUCUGGAAAACACCCCGGGCUGGAUCCAGUGGGGAAGGAGCGGCAGAACCAAAGCCUUCAGUCCACACCUCUUUUAAUUAGCACGGCUCACCCACCUAUAAAACACAUCCUUCCCCACCUGCCUCCCUUGGUUUCAUUUUGCUGCUUUACCUGGCAGCUCCUAACGAGUCUCACACUCCCAUUUCUCUGACUUCUCGUUUUUUGCCUCACCCAUAUUUUAAUUGCACGGAUUCCUCAGGGAAGUUGCUCCAUUGCUGUUCCCCAGCAGAAGAGCUGCCUCUGCUCACUCUGGUUUUCAGUUCCUGCCCUCUCUCCUUGAUGAAUUUAUCAACUUGAUGAAUUUAUCCUCAACCUGUUGAGUUCAUCCCCAGCACUGAUGAGUUUAUCCCCCUCUAGGGGCCCUGAACUCGGCUCAGGGAAGGGUGGGAAGCAGGGGUGGUCUGGAAAAAGCUGUGUCCCCAUCAGGAGAGAGUGGAGGUGUAGCCAGGCUCUCUCCUGUGUGCUGAGCUCUUCCUGCUGGGCAUGAGCAGCUCAAUCUCCCUGGGAAAAACCAACCAAAGCUUGGACACCCUUCAGGAAAAACUGUCACAGCUUGGCCUUGUGAAAACAAGAGCUUUCCUUUUCCUGAGUUGCAAUCAGCUCUUCCUUUUGCUUUCCUUUGCCCUCUCGUGCUCCCUCCCUGAUCCCCAGCAUCGUGUCCCUUUUGGCUUUGGCUGCAUUCUCACUAAUUUAUGAUUCCUCAGCCAGUCCAUGACGUUUGUCCUUCCCAAGGAAGUUGCUCUGCUUUUUGUCCUCGCCCUGAGGACACCAACCCAAUGGAUCUCACAUUAAAUGGGAUUCCAGCUGCUCAGUGCCCACCUGCCCAGCAGCACGUUCACUCAAACACAAGCUGGGCCAGGGCUUGGGGCUGAGCCAGCUGUUUUCAGAAAGGAAAUGUAGAUUUCAGUCUCUCUGAGCCCCUUGAAGUGAGUGGGUUUUUACUGAAUUAAUUCACCAUUCACAGGCAUUCACCGCUCACCUCAUCCUGAAGCCAGCAGCACUUCCUUCCCUGUCUUUCCCUGGGAAUUGUAGAACAAUUCCUACCCAGUUUUAAUCAUGAGCAAACCCCUCAUCUCUGCCCCUCACAACACUGAAUGAUUGUCACAUGCUGGCUUUUCCUAAACCUGGACGAAGCAGCUCAGCCCUGAGGAGGAAAAAACCCAUCUUUACAUCUGUGUCUGUAUUUAUGUGUGUCACAGUCUGUCCCCACAGGUGUACCCAAAGCACGAGUUAGGUACAAAGCUGAUUUACUCUGCCUUUACUCGGGCUGGGCAGGAUGGAGCAACACAGAGCUUUACACACCCACAACCACCUCAGGAGGGGCUGGGAAUUCCUGAGGCUCCCCCCGAGGUUCCCAUCCCUGCCAAGCCACCGCUGCAGCCCUGUCCCUGUGCUCGGGGUUCUGCAGAGGCAAAUGUUAAAGCAGAAAAGGCUGAGCCUUUCAACCACCCCUGAGGGAAACUGAGAACCUCUCCAGGAGUCUCCAGCUUCAGGGGAGGUUGGUGUUGGGAUAGAAGUGUGAGACAGCAGCACAAUUCCAGUGUUCCCUGGGGAAUCCCAUCCUUUCCCAGCCCACGUCCCUUCCACAGGCUCUGGGUCAGCUCUGCCCACCUGCAGGAGUCUGGGUGGGACCCAGCUCACGGUACCAAAGCAAAUUAGAGCACAUUAAUUAAUCAGUGCCGACUAACAGAGGGCAAUUCCCAGAGCCAGAGCAGCAGGAGCCUGGCAGAUCUUCAUGGGCUUGAAAUGAGGUUUGCUACAACCAAACCUGGAGCAGGCAAAGCUGUGCCAGGUCCCUGUGCCCAAGGGCCCGGGAGGGGACACGGGGAGCAGGGAGGAGCUUUGGGGACAGCACGGAUGGGAGGAACCAGCCACCCCAGCACCCUGCCCAGGGCUGGACACACAGGAACCCCCCGGGCUUAAAUCAGAUAUAAUUGGGAUUGAAUCAGGAUAAAAAACAGGAUUUUUUUAGCACACCCAUGCAGAUCCUUCUCCCAUAAAUAUGAAAUAUAUCUAUAAAUCUGGAUAUAAAUCUGCUGGGUGCCUGGAGCAUCCCUCAACCCCAGCACCUUGGAGAGGCAGCAGGGCCAUCACACCCCCUUCCAGACAAACAUUCUGGAUGUGGGACAAAAAACAAACCCCAAGUGACCCAAGGAAGGAAAGAGAAACAAGAAGGACACAACCACACACACAUU